GAACCAGAGUAUAAAAGUUUUUCUCAAGAGAAAAAACUAAUACUCUGCGGGAGUAUGUUGGUAUAAGUAACACAAACUCAAGUAGACCAUCCAGAUCGUGGGCCCCACUUUGGAUGCGUCAUAACCUAAAAACCACACUUUGGGUGGGUCCCACUUGGAUACUCCCGCCAAUUUCUCCUCCACGGCCUCCUCAAGAUCCAUUCAAAUGAAACUAGCCAUUGGGAGCAUUUCUUCCGUAAACCCCACAAAAUCUUUCAAAUCCUAUGUUGAAGCAUGUGGUUCCCUUCUCAAGGCAUGUUCCAAUCCCAACUCAGUUAAGCAAGGCAAAUCCCUUCAUGGGCAUGCCAUUAAAAUGGGCAUUUCAUCCCACAGAUUCAUAGAAAUCAAGCUCCUGAUCAUGUACUUGAAUUUCAAGAGGUCUGCUGACGUUGAUAAGAUCUUCAAGCAGAUUGAUGGGUUUGAUCUCGUUGCAUGGAAUUGCAUGAUCUCCAGCUAUGUCCAAAUGGGCCGCCUCGAUGAUGCCCGUCGCCUGUUUGACGAAAUGCCUCACAGAAACACUGUCUCUUGGACCACGUUGAUUGCAGGUUUCAUGAAAUUUGGGCGCGUGGACGACGCAGUCCGUUGUUUUGACACGAACCUGUUUCAGAACGUCGUGUCUUGGACUGCUAUGAUAAGUGGGUUUGUUCAGAAUGGUUUGAAUAUCAAUGCACUGGAACUUUUCCACCGAAUGCGGGAGCUUGGGGUGGCGCCGAAUGAGAUUACAUUUACUUGUGUUGUUAGAGCUUGUGUUAAUGUGGGUGAUUUUGGAUUAGGGAAGAGCAUUUUGGGAUUGAUUGUUAAGACAGGGUUUGAUUGCAAUUUGUCGGUUUGCAAUUCUUUGAUUACAUUGCAUCUUCGGAUGGGUGAGGUUGAUUUGGCGAGGAGAGUUUUCAACGGAAUGGAAGAGAGGGACGUUGUUUCUUGGACUGCAAUUCUUGAUGUGUAUGUUGAGAUGGGGGAAUUGAUAGAAGCUCGCCGUAUCUUCAAUGAGAUGCCAGAGAGAAACGAUGUUUCUUGGAGUACGAUGAUCGCAAGGUAUAGUCAGAGUGGCGAUGCUGAAGAAUCGUUGAAAUUGUUUGAUAUGAUGCUUCGUCAUGGUUUUAAGCCAAAUGUUUCAUGUUUCUCUAGUGUCCUUAGUGCCUCGGCCAGCCUGGAAGAUUUGAAACUUGGGAUGAAUGUCCAUGCCCAUGUCAUCAAGGUUGGGAUUGAAGACAAUGUUUUCAUUGGUAGCCCGCUGAUUGACAUGUAUGGUAAGUGUGGAAAGACCGAUGAUGGGUGUCGGAUUUUCAACUUAAUUCCAGAGAAGAAUGUGGUUUGCUGGAAUUCUAUGGUCGCGGGGUAUUGUUACAAUGCGCAAUUUGAGGAAGCUAAGGAAUUGUUUGAGCGAAUACCAACAAGAAAUACCAUCUCUUGGAAUGCCCUAAUCACGGGUUACGUACAAAACGAACUAUGUGAGGAGGUGUUCGAGGUCUUUGACAAUAUGCUAGCAUCAGGGGCAAUGCCAAAUGGUUCAACCUUUUCUAGCGUUCUACGUGCUUGUGCAAGUUUGGCAUCACUUGAGAAAGGUAAGAAUCUUCACGGGAAGAUCGUUAAACUGGGAAUUCAAUUUGAGGUCUUCAUGGGAACUGCGCUUACCGACAUGUACGCCAAAGCUGGAGACGUCGAGAGCUCCAAGAGAGUUUUUGAUCAAAUGCCCGAAAAGAAUGAAAUCUCUUGGACUGCAAUGAUCCAAGGGCUUGCAGAUAAUGGGCUCGCAGAGGAUUCUCUUGUUCGGUUUGAAGAAAUGCUAGAAACGGGGGUGAAUCCUUCCGAACUUAUGUUUUUGGCUGUUCUUUUUGCUUGUUCUCAUUGCGGUUUUGUCAAUAAAGGACUACAAUACUUCGAAUCGAUGGAAACAAUUUAUGGUAUAAAGCCAAGAGGGAGGCAUUAUACUUGUGUAGUCGAUUUGCUGGCUCGAGCAGGCCAUUUGAGUGAGGCUGAAGAGUUCAUUAGAGCGAUGCCUUUUCAGUCGGAAGCUAACGCAUGGGCAGCUCUACUGAGUGCUUGUAGUAUUUAUGGAAAUGAUGUGAUAGGUGAAAGAACUGCAGGCAAGCUCUGGGAAAUGGAGAAGGAUAAUUCGGCCAUUUAUAUCCUGCUGUCGAAUAUAUAUGCUUCGGCGGGACGGUGGAGUGAUGUUUCAAGGGUGAGGAGGUUAAUGAGGGAUAAAGGAUUGAAGAAAUGUGGAGGAUGUAGUUGGGUUGAAGUAAGAAACCAAGUUCAUACUUUCUAUGCUGGGGAGGAAUCCCAUCCAGAGUCUGCUGAAAUUUAUUGGAUUUUGGAUCUGUUGAUGUCUGAGAUGAUUAUUUCCAAGUAGUUUCACAGGCCAAGUGUUUUUAUUGAAUUUACAUCUUUUCGUGCAAAACCCAAAAGAACCAAGGAUUGUAAUUUCAUGGAAAUCAGACAUUCAAGCUAUCAGAGGCACUAGAAUUUUUUGUCUGGUUACAUGAGGAGAAUUUGGCUGAUGCAGUUGAAAAUUUCAGGCAUGAUUGUACUGGAAUCCUGCUUUGAUGGGCUCAUCUUCGAACUUCAUGAUGCUCAUUUUCAAUGUUGGCCUCUACAAGAAUCUUGUUUCUGUUUUCAUAUUCUUGUUUCUUGUUGUUAUGCAUGUGUACCGGAGUAUGAAGCAGCUCAUGCUGAGUUGUUGCAGGAAGUAGCAAGGGGAACUUCCAUAGAGCAACCUUGAGCAAAACUGACAAGAAAAGAUAAUGAUCCUAAGACGCUUGUUGUUCCUGAAAGCAAGAUACCUGAUGACCUUGUACAAAUACAAGCAUAUAUACGAUGGUAGAAAGCUGGAAAACCCAACUAUUCCCCAGAUAAACAACUUGUGGCAAUCGAUCCUCUCUAGCUUUCCAUUUAUCACUAAUGUAAGACCAAAUGGGAGCUCGAAGAAUGUAGGAAAGAGCUGCAACUAUAAUUAGAGAAAAGAGCUGCAACUAUAACUAGAGAAAAUAUAUUUUACAGUGGAAAGAAUUCUGCGCAAGAAAAAGGGAAAUCAUGCAGUUUCUUAUUAAAUAUGCCACUGAAGCAUAGUGAAAGACUCCUCCCACACCAAUAGUGCCAACAACAUUAGGCUAUGUGAAGCUUGAUCAGCUAGAACUUUCGUGUUUUAUGUAAAGUGAGAGAGAUGUUAUUGUAUUGAGAGCUGCUUCUUCAUUUGUUGCCUUUGAGUAUA